GGUCAAUAAUGCACGAUUUUAUCUUUGUGAUAGCACAUCCCCUCGUCCGGGACCGUGCCCGGCACCUCCUCACGUUCAUUGACGGGUCGCCCUUCUUCAAACACGUCCGCAUAUCCGUCGAACAGCUCUUCCCACAGGUGAGCAUCGCCCGCCUCAGUCUCGCCUCCUGUCUCAGUGUGCUCCACACGUUCAUGGCAUUGCGUGCAGGAUGCGCCGGCCUGCAGUGCCCGCGAGGUGUUUGAGGCUGUCAUGGACGCUGUCGAGCCACACACGACAACCGAGAGCCUCUUCAUCAUCGAUGGUAGAGACGACGGUCACCGGCACCCACAAUGCCUGCCUUCGUUGCCCCCUGUCUGUUAUCGCCCCUGCAGGCCUGCCGCGUUCGCUUGCCGACUGGAAGAUUUGGCUGAUGGCCCUCGGCUCCCACUCCCGCAUCCGGUAUGUCGUGCUCAUCGACCAUCCUGACGGCAUCAUGCCGGCCCUCUCACAGACACUGAAGAGCCUCACCCUCCCGCCCCAACCAGCACCUUCGGAAGAAGAGAAGAAGGCGGACGAGGGAGCCGCAGAGAAAGCAGAGAAGGCAGGGACUACGGCUGAGGAUGAAGGACAGAAGGAGAGGGAGGAGACAGAAGAGAGAGAGGUGAAUCGGUCCCGUGAGGUGUAUGAGCGGCUGCACGAGUCGUAUGAGGCCUACGGGAGGGAGACGGUGCCCAUUCUGAACAACCUCUACCGAAUCGGCAAACUCAGAUCGGUCAGAAGGAAGAAGAGAAGAAAUGGCCUGAAGGGUUCUCAUCGGUGUGUGGUCAUUGUAGAUCAUUCUUGAUCCCUACGUCGACUUCUCUGCGUCUGUGGCCUAUGGCUGGUCCUGCCUGAACGCCAUCCUCGCACAAGCGGCCAAGGAGGACGACAGGCUCAGAUUCUUCCGGCCACUGCCGAGUGAGACAGAGAGAGAGGGAGACACCAUCACGAGGCCACUUGCAGACACCAGCUGCGUGUGCGUGUUUGGCGUCAGGUUCCUUUGUGGAGGGCGAGGGGCGUGAUCGGUUUGGUCAGCCAUUCGGGGCUGUCAAUGUGAUGGCCGUGCAGACGGCCACACAGUGAAGAACCAGCUUUGGCUGCGUGGGGACAGGUGGUCGGUGCAUGUGUCGAUG